AUGGAGAGAUCUGCGGGACUGGACCUCCGAGGCAGCGGAGACGGCGGCCGGUCGGCGGGACAGGCGGACACCCAGGCGGGCAGAGCGCCCGGCGGCAGGAGCCCAGCCCUCGGGAGACCCCGGCCUCCAGCGCCGGGAGAAGGAGCCUGGGCCGCGGGGCGGGCCAAUGAGCGGGCCGCGGGGGCGGGCGCGGGGCGGGGACUGCCGCGGGGGCCAGCGGCGGGGAGCGCGGCGUGGAGGUGCCAGCGGGCGCGGGCGCGGGCGCGGGCGCGGGCGGCGGCGGCGGCGGCGGCAGCGAGGCCGAGGUUCCUCCCGCAAGCCGAGCGGGGUGCAGUGGGGCCGGCGGCCCAGAGGCGCGGCGGCGGCGGCGGCGGCGGCGGCGGCAGCGGCGUUGGGAGGACGAUGGCAGCACUCGCGGGAGCCGCGGCCGUGCUUGCAGCCGCAGCCCGCAGGCGCUGGCUGUGGCUGGUGCUGGCGGCGGUGCUCGGGCUGUUGACCACUGAUGCGUCAGGCUUGGAGGUGUAUACCCCAAAAGAAAUCUUCGUGGCAAAUGGGACGCAAGGGAAGCUGACAUGCAAGUUCAAGUCUACUAACACUACGGGCACAUUGACCUCGGUCUCCUGGAGCUUCCAGCCAGAGGGGACCGACACCACUGUGUCGUUUUUCCACUACUCCCAAGGACAAGUAUAUCCUGGGAAUUACCCACCAUUUAAGGACAGAAUCAGCUGGGCUGGAGACCUCGACAAGAAAGAUGCAUCAAUCAACAUAGAGAAUAUGCAGUUUAUACACAAUGGCACCUAUAUUUGUGAUGUCAAAAACCCUCCUGACAUUGUUGUGCAGCCAGGACACAUUAGGCUCUAUGUUGUAGAGAAAGAGAUCUUGCCCGUGUUUCCAGUUUGGGUGGUGGUGGGUAUAGUUACUGCUGUGGUGCUAGGUCUCACUCUGCUCAUCAGCAUGAUCCUGGCUGUCCUCUAUAGAAGGAGAAACUCUAAAAGGGAUUAUACUGGCUGCAGUACAUCAGAGAGUGUGUCACCGGUUAAGCAGGCUCCACGGAAGUCCCCCUCCGACACAGAGGGUCUAGUAAAGAGCCUGCCUUCUGGAUCCCAUCAGGGCCCAGUCAUAUAUGCGCAGUUAGACCACUCUGGUGGACAUCACAGUGACAAGAUUAACAAGUCAGAGUCUGUGGUGUAUGCGGACAUCCGGAAAAAUUAAGAGAAGACCCAGAACAUAUCCUAAGCAAGAAACUAAUCAAACAGGACGCUUGUGCAGAGAAUGUAACCCAUAACCACAUGUGGCCUUGGAGACCUGGGCAAGGACAAGCACAUGUUUAUUCAUGGAUGGAGAAAAAGAUGUGUAUAAAGGAUAUGUAUAAAUAUUCUAUUUAAUCUGAUAUGGGGAGCCAAUGUUGCAUGAUGAGAAGAUGGUAUGAUUCUACAUAUAUAAAUUGUCUUGCUGUUUUGUACUUUCUUUCAAGGUUGUUUACAGUUGGGAAAAGUCAGAAACAUUCUUGUCACUGUCAUUUAGAUGUGGUUUGCCUUAAUGGAGACGGUAGCAGAUCUUUAGUAUUCCAGUAGACAUGGCCCUUUUAUCUAAGGGCUUAACCAGUCUUAGCAUUUAUCGUGGUUGGAGAGUGGAGACACAGAUGGAAGUGUGUCCAGGGUGGCCUCUAACCCAGUGUCAGCACCACCUAUUUGGCUGUAGGUUUUAGAAAGCCUCCAUUAGCUGUGCCGCUUGAACCCAGUUUGAGAAGUUUUUGUGAGUGGUUUUUUUUCCCUCUAAAAUACAGGGUGGUUUUUUGCUUUUAUAUGUUGUGAGACCGACGUUAAUGUUAAACCGUUUGUCCUAUCAGUUUGUGGAUUCGUCCUAGCAAGACCAGCAAAGGAUAAACGCCAAGGUCACGUCUUUCUAGGUACUUUUAGAUCAAUACCAUAUACAUAAUUGAAGUAGGAAACCCAGCCUCGCUUGAGUACUGUACCAUUUGUGGAGUAAAAGGUACCCUUACAGUCUUUGCCUAAGACCUUCCUGCUUGAAAUAAGGGUCCCCAUACAGCCAAAGGAGAGGAGUUUUAUUUCCUUUUAAGUAGGCACAAAUGGGAUAAUUACAAAGCCAGCUUGUAGCGUCUCAGAGCCCUCUCUAGAGAGUCCUCUUUAUAGAGGGUUGCGUGGUGAUUCUGGCAAGAAGCAUUAGUCAUGGCUCUGUAAUAGCUUCACGGCGCCUCAAAGGUUAAGGAUAGUCUAGGGUAUUUUUUGUUUUUUUUUUUUUUUGUGUGUGUGUGUGUGUGUGUGUGUUUUAAAUCAGCAGGGAGGGUUAUUAGCACUUCUACUUUGGAAAUGUCUUACUGUUUUGGAGUUUUGGAUAGGGUUCUUUUGAUUUUAUUUCCCUUUUUUGUUUUUACCUCUUUUUUUUUUUUCCUUCACUUUUUCCCAUUGUGUCGAAUUGGUAGACAACGAGAGGAGGAAAAGUUUGGAUAUUCCUUCCAAGAGUUCAUUUUCUUCCACUGACUACCCUCCUUCCCCCAUCUCAAGCUUAGGAGUUUUUAUCUUUUACUGGGAAUGAAAAACAUGGUGAAGGUCACCCAACAUUUAUAUGGUCAUUACCCCCUUUCUGGAUGAUUUGGUUGUAACAGAAUUUCUUUUCCGCUUAAGAGGACGUGAAAGCCCCCGGUAGGGCGAGGACGCUGACCUGCUGGUCGCAGAGCACACCCGGUGGUGCUCGCCUUCGCCUUCCUCCCGCAGGGCGGCUCCCCCGCCUCCCCUCUAAUGUCACUCCCCGGGCGCGCCCCACCCCGAAGGGCGCGCAGGUAAAGGUGUGCACGCGGGGGCAAAACAGCCAGGGCGCGUGCGCCUCGGAACCGGCCUCCCGUCCGUCCGUCCUGCUGUCCGUCCGUCCACGUGGACUUUUAUUUCCCGAGGAGCCCUUGGUGGUGGCGGCUCCGCUGCCCCAGCUCGCGGGGGUCGGGGCGGGGUCCGGGCCCGGCUGCCCGGAGGAGGAAAGCAGGGCCGCCAGGCCGAGCUCAGGCCCCGCGCCCGCGGGGGGCGCCCCUGCCCCCCAGGCCUUUGCAGCGCCCCUGCGGGGAGUGGCGGUGACCGGGUCGCGCUGUCCCUGCUGCGCCUCCGCCUCGUGCGGCCGCCCGAGCCCGAGUGUGCCCCUUUAUAGGUGUCACGUUAACUGACAGGCACUUUUUACCGAGAAAAGGGGCGUCCUUUUCCCCGCGGGGCCCCGACUACCGCACGCGGCCCUAAAGCCUCCUGAUUGGCCUCCCUCGCCCGCGCCUGCAGCCCGGCCCCCGCCCAGCGCGCCCUCGGGCGCCCCCUGCCGGCUCGCCCCGCCCCCAGCCGGGCACCUGGCGACAGGACCUCCUGGCUGCGGUCGCGCAGCUGGGGCGGAGCGCCUGGGGUCGGGGCCUUUUCCUGGCCUCCUCUGGGCUUUUUGGUCCCUUCUGUCGCCUCGUCCCAGUGUUCCCCUGCCUGGCCACGGAUGGCAACAGUGGGGGCUGCUUUCCGGGUGUCCGAACGGCCCUUUCCCUAAUCAUUGGCAGAAUGAGACCUCUUAAAAUUGUGUGUGAUAAGGGGCCACCUAGAUGGAAUUUCUUAGAGGUGAAAAUCCCAAACCACCUGUAGGUUUUCAGUGGAAAUGUAUCCAGCUAGGGAAAAAAACCAUCAAGUUCAUUAUUAGUUUUUUGUUUUUUCUUCUUCAAAAUUGUACUUUUGUGAAUGUUUUAAUACAUCUUUUUCAAUUACUGAA